CUGGCAUGCAUGCGUCACGACAAAGCUCUAAACCCGCUGAAAAAGGGGUGAUCUGCCGCCCCCUUCGGCGCCUUCUCCACCACCCACUCAGCCACCCAUUUACACUCUAUCUCCAUCUGCACAUAGCCGUCUGCCCCACACAGUGCGAUUCGUAUCACUCGCUGCCCCCUGCCUCCUGCCCCAUAUCACCCCGCCCGCAAUCGGCCGCUCCCUCGCUGCAUGAAGGACGGCUGCUGCUGCUGUGGCUGUGGCUGUGGCUGUGUAGGCGGCUGUGCUGGUGGUGGUGUUGGGGGUGGGGGUGUGUGUGGUUGUCCGAUAGGCUGUCCGCAGUAGACGGCCUUGUAGGCGGGCUCGGUGAGGACGUAGUGCUCGCACUCGUCGUAUGAGUGGAACAGCUGCUGGCCCGUCUCGUUGUCCUCGUGCAGGGACCACCUGCACCCAUCCAUCCAUCCAUGCGCACACACACACACACACACAGAGAGAUCAGGGUGCGUGUAUGUGUGUCUCAUGAUUCAGUCACUCAGCUCACAUGGAGAAAUCCAGCUCACAGCCUUCAGCAGCAUCUGAAAAGGAUCACACCACCAAUCUCUGUCCGCCUCUCUGUUGUGUCUCAUUCGCCGCCUCUUACUCGGUAGUUCUAGCGGCAUGAACAGCUCCCUGACAGCACUUGCGAUGCUCUCGUUGCCCCUCACCGCCGCCACACACCCCUCCACCGUGUUAUUCCAGUAGGCACCGAACACCUUCCACACCGGGGCAUUCGCACACGUGCGCGCCACCUGGUGCGCCAGCUUCUCGGCACACUUUUCCGCCAUUGCACCUCCUGCAGUUGCAGUGGCAUUAGUGCCAGCCCCCGGCACAUUUGCCCCCGGUGCGAAUGUGGGCACGUGUGUAUGUGUGUGGUGGAGCGGCUUUGGCGUCACGAACGACGUGUCGCCGCUGCUGGUGUUGGUGUUGGUGGGAGGGAGAGGGGGCGGGGGAGGUGACUGGCCUGGUGCUGGUGAUGGCGGCCCUGGUGGCUGGGAGAAUGGCUGAGGCGGCAUGCCGGGCGGUGGCGGUGGGGUUGAAGACAUAGAUGGACCUGGCACUGCACACAAACAGAGGCAUGGGUGAGUCCGAGAGUUGGGACCAUUGUCGCUGCUCACUUGGGGGAUUAUUCUGCAUAGGGCCAGGUGGUGGUGGUGGUGGUGAGCCUGGUGACCCCGACGGCCCAUCAGGGAGAGGAGGCCCCAUAGGUGCCAUAGGUGGCGCAUGGGACGUGAUAUUUCCAUCAUGAAUCGGCGGCGCCAUGCUGUCCACGGGCGGUCCGGGAGGGCCUGGUUGGCCUGCGAAUGGCUGCUGUGGUGCGGGAGGGGGAGGGCCUGACGGGCCCCCGACACCCGGCGCUACAAGAAAAUGGACAAAACACCAGAAGAAGAGAUCUACAUGCCUUUCUGCCGAUUCUCUGUGGGCCGUUGUGGCGCGGAGUGAGUACCUGCAGUGGUCGGCUCGUUCGGCAUCGGUGGGACACCCACACCUGCAUCCGUGCGCCAACACAACAAAGGGGAGAGGGAACAUGACAAGAGGAGAAGAGAUCUAUCUCUCGCUAUGGAUGGCGUGCCUGUGCCAGGAGUCGGUCCUGGUGGCGCGGGAGGAACUGAUAGAACACGACAAUCGCACAAACAAGAGAAAAAAACCCCAGAUCUCUUCAACCUGCCAUUGCAGUGACUUCAUCACCCAUCAUACCAGCUUGAUUAGCGUCGGGCGGUGCUGUAGUCGGCUGUAGGGGGCCUUCUGGCGCAGGUGGCAUGCCGGUUGGCUGCACCGCCUGGAUCUUGGCUAAUUCCAUGCUUUUGUUCACCAUUGUCGACGUCGACGUCGCUCGGCUGGCCUUGAAGAGUGAGUGCUGCCCCGGCUCGAUGAGGCGGUCGGCGCCGCCUCGGUUGACGGCAUGGGCAACAGAGGCGACCGACAGCAGACACACAAGCGCACUGCAAACCUCCAUCCCCCCUUGGAAACCGGGAUCUGACCCUAGUCCACCGCACUUUGCGAGCGGUGGACAGCCGGUUGACUCCAUCUGUCCACCGGUG